CAAUACUUUUUGUGGCCCGUCAGGCGUCCGUAGCUGUGACCAAUGUCCAAACACUAGAUCCUGGCCGACGGUUCAUGAUGUACAGGAACGUAUGGUUGUACUUUGUACUACUGCAUUGGCAAUUGUUUCCGUACCCUACCGGCCGGUACCUUUCGCUUCCUAGCAUCGUUUGACGAGGAAAUACUUUUCACGAAUACAAGGACUAUCUUCGCAAAGAGAACGAACCGGAUAGAAAUACUCUAGGAAAGCACAAUGAAAGCAGAUAGUGCCAUCGUAAACCUCACUGUUUCCACGGCAGAACUCCAUGGAGACCCCUUACUCCAGCUAGUCACCAAGGCAGCGUCUCCUCUCCAACUGACCGUGAAGACUUCCAAAAAGGCGAGCCUCUCCUUGGAACUGUUGAGUGGAUUCAAGUUGACGCAGCGAAAUUCCAUUAUCCGUUGCUUGUGUGGAAUGGGCCUUCACAACGCUCUCGAUGGAUCUCCCUACUACCUCUUGGGAGGCCACGCCUCUACAUCCAAGGCCUCCCCCUAUUCGGCCACAGCCCUGGCUUCUCUCACGGCUUGGAUGAGCCUAGCUGGCGAGGUAAGAAAUGGGGGCCAGACCGAAGGUCUCUUGGAACAGAUCGAUAGCCAUCUUCAGACCCGAGCAUUUUUGAUCGACAGUCCCUCGCUGACUGUUGCCGAUGUUGAUUUGGCUGUGGCCCUGGUACGAUCGAAAGCCGGUGCUUCCUUGGUGGGAGAAAUUCCCUCCUACUCGAAUGUUCACCGAUGGAUCGUAGGUAUUCAGGAAAGCCUGAAAUUGAAAUUCGAAAUUGACCUUUCGGCAAAGACUCCAAUUCCAGCCAUCUCAAACAGCCAUGGACCGCCCAUCUUUUUCUAUGGAAACGAGACGAACGUUGUCAUUCCCAAGGCUCCCAUUUCCAAAGCCAAGGCAGCCAAACCGGUGGGUGGCAAUAAUCAGCAACAGCAAGGGCAAAACCAGUCCAAAGAAUCGAAAAAGGAAGCCAAGGCAGCAACUAAGGGUCAACAGAAACAAAAGCAGCAGCAGCAGCAAGCUGCAGCAACCUUUGACGUAUCCGCUUUGGACAUUCGCGUUGGUAAGAUCGUUAAGGCUUGGCACCAUCCCGAUAGUGAAAAGCUUUUUUGUGAGGAAAUCGACCUAGGAGAAGAGGCUCCCCGACAGAUCGCUAGUGGUCUCCGCGCCUUUUAUAAGACAGAAGAGCUGGAGGGACGCAGGGUUCUUGUCUUGUGCAACCUUAAAAGCCGCAAGCUUGUCGGAUUUCCGAGCCACGGAAUGGUGCUGUGUGCCUCCAACGCAGACCAUACGGCAGUCGAGUGCAUGGAACCGCCUGAGGAUGCCCCUAUCGGAACACGCAUCAUGUUUGAGGGUUACGACGGGGAACCGGAACCUGAAAACAAGAUUGCCAAAAAGAAGAUCUUUGAAAAGGUUGCUCCCGACCUCAAAACGGACGCUAACGGAGUUUGCGUGUGGAAAGGUGCGGCAUGCACGCCCAGCAUCAAGGCUAGUAAGGGCAUGCCAAAUGCCCAAGUCUCGUAAUAUUUCGUAGCAGCAGGAAUGAACUCUCUCAGUUGAGAUUUGAUGUCAGCCAAAGAUCGAGAUACUCUAAGCAUCAAACUUUUCAAACGUGUCUUUCGCAAACGGCACCGAAGUAGAAAUUGAUUGUCAAUGCAACUAGUGUUAUGCUCUCACUUCACAACGCCAACAAGUUCUUCCUCUGAAAAAAUGCUAGAUUGAAUGCGAAUCAGAAAAACCAUUGUUUCUGACGGGGCUAUCGGCUUCACAAGAUCCAAUCUCCUCAGCGGAUGGAUUCCUGUUAAGAAUUCUUCGUCCGCAUUCAUAGCAAACUCGUUCAACAUAUGAAAUGCAUCUUCUGAAUGCCCAGUGGUUGCGAAAGCUUUUGUAGCAUCUGUCCUGUGGCAUUCCCAGAGCACCGACUUCCCUCUCUAGUGAGCAUUUUCACAUGCUAAUGGACACUAUUAAUUGUAUUAAUACAUGAAUCAGGAAUAG